GCAGGCAGGCCAAGGAUGCUCGCCCUCUGCCCCGCCGCCGGGAUCAAUCAUUCACCCGUCGGCGGGCACCACCUCCAUAUAAACGCCGGGACGGGUUCCCCAGCGCCGCUUUUCGGCAGGAGGAGGGAAACCAGCCCCGACAUGAGGGCAGCUCUCACCCUGCUGCUGCUUUUCGCCGCCGUGCGUGCCGAGCACCGAGGUAAAGCUUAUGUCCGGGACAAAGUCUGCCAGGAGUUCAAGACCCUGGGGAAGGAGGAUUUCCGAACCCUGACCAUUGUCGCCAACAGCAGGAAAUUCUCCAACGCCACCUUCGAGGAGAUCAGCCACCUCGUCCGCGAAAUCGUCUCCCUGGCUGAGACCUGCUGCGCCGAAGGUGCCGACCCCUCCUGCUACGACGACGGGUCCUCGGCUCUGUCGGCCAAAUCCUGCGGCGGGGACUCUCCCUUCCCGGCGCACGCCGGCACGGCGGGGUGCUGCGCCCAGGAGGGGCUGGAGCAGAAGCUGUGCCUGGCCACCCUGCGGCACCCGCCCCAGGAGCUGCCCCGCUACCUCCAGCCCUCCAACGAGGAGCUCUGCCAGGCCUUCAAGAAGGACCCCAAGGACUUUGCAGACAGGUUUCUGCACGAGUACGCCAGCAGCUAUGGCCAGGCGCCCCUGCCCGUGCUCCUGGGCUCCACCAGGACCUUCCUCUCCAUGGUCUCCACCUGCUGCAUCUCCCCCGCGCCCACCGCCUGCUUCCUGAAGGAGAAACUGGAAAGGAAAACCCUCUCCCUCCUCACCCUGAUGUCAAACCGGGUUUGCUCCCGCUUCGCGGUGUACGGGAAGGACAAAGUCACCUUCAGCUACCUCGCCUCGCUGGCGCAGAAGAUGCCCGCCGCCUCCUUCGAGGACCUCUUCCCCCUGGCAGAAGACGCUGCCGAGGUGUUUUCCCAGUGCUGCGACUCGGUGGCGGAGGACUGCAUGCAGAAGAAGUUAUCGGAGCACACGGCCAAAGCCUGUGGCGCGCUGUCGGCCCGAGACGAAAGGUUUGCCGACUGCUGCAAGGGGAAAAACCUCAUGCAAAACUACUUCUGCAUCUCGGCCUUGCCACCGGCGCCCACCCCCACGCUGCCGGAGGCGCAGAAGCCGACGGACGGGCAGCUCUGCGGCGAGGAGGGGGCUCGCCAUGCCAAGAGGUACCUGUUUGAGCUGGCGCGGAGGCACACCAGCGUCCCCGAUGCCUUCCUCGGCAAGCUGUACGACACCUGCCAGAGAGUCCGGGGGGAGUGCUGCUCUGCCCAGGACCCCCCCGCCUGCCUGGACAGCAAGCACCGGCGGAUGGAAGCAGAGCUGCCCCCCUUCCUGGCAAAGGCCGGCCAGCUCUGUGGGCAGUACACCGAGUUAAACUUCCUCGACUUCAAGAAGAGGCUGCGGGAGAGCUUGGUGAAAACGCUGCCGGACGCCAGCCCCGAGCUGCUGGGGCAGCUGGUGGAACAGCGAGCCGAAUUCGCCUCCACCUGCUGCCCCCCCAACGCGCCCCCCCUCUACUGCACCGCCAAGGUAAAGCCGUGGCCCCCGCCGCCCCGCGCCGUGCUGGCGGCCACCCCCCGCGCCCGCGCUGCCCCUCGGCUCUCUCCCCGCUUUCUGCAGGUGAGCGGGGAGCUGGGAGAGGCGUGCGGCGGGGGCUCCUGCCUGCUGGGCUAGGUGCCCCGAGGUGAGCGGCCGGGGCGGGGGUCCGGCACGUCGGCGUCGGGGACCGCUUCUCCGGUCGUGCACGGAUGGAGAGGGGGUGCCCGGGACACGCGGGGAAGCGGGACGUCGAGGGGGAGCACGAGGGAACGGGGCUGUUGGACGCCCGGCAGACGGCCGCUCUUCCUUGCACCGGGAGAGGAAGGUGCCCCCGAGCCCACCGCCCACCGCCCACCCCACCACCGGUCUAUUCCUGCAGCCCCAAUAAAGACUUUAAAAAGCA